AUGGACGCCGCAGCUGUCUUCCGCCAUGGCCUGGGCAACAUGAUGCCGCCGAACCCGCCCUAUCAUCACCAUCCGCCUCCCAAUCAUCCCCCGCAACUCUACCCGGGCGCCGCGCGCAUUCCUCCUGCGAGUCGUGAAGAUCCCGAAAGUGACGGCCCUUCAAAUCGCAUCGCACAUACUUUGACCGCUUGCUGCCGUUGUCGUCAGCGCAAGACGAGAUGCGAUCCCACCCUGCCCCGUUGCCUGCCUUGCGAGCGCGCCGGCUCCGUUUGCGAAUACUUCGACACCACCAAAGGGAAGAAGAUCAAUCGCAACUAUGUCAUCAAGCUGCAGGACAAGGUGCGCGCCCUCGAGGCCGAGUUGCGACAGUACACCGAUGACGACAACGAGUUCUCCCAUGUCGACGAAGACAUUGUCCGCCCUGGAGGCCUGGUUCGCCUGAACGACACCGACGAGACGCCCCGCUACUUGGGACCGAGCAGUGGCAUCGCAAUGACGCGAUUGCUUGUCCAGGGUGCCAAGCUCUUUACUGAUUCGAAGCGCAUAUCCGAAUUGAUUCCUGAGGUCCGCGCCAGGCGGAUGACGCGUAUGCAGUCCAUCGUCAUGACGAGGGAUAGGAAAAAGAGCUAUCCCAUGAUCAGCGCCCACCCUGCCCAGGCUCUGCCGACCAGACCCGUCGCGAACAAGCUAGUUGAUGUCUUUUGCCAGCGCUCCCAAGUGUUUUGGCCCACGCUGCACGAAAAACGAUUCCUUGACGACCUCGAGGCCGUAUACGCGGGAGACCAGGACCCCUACAAGAACCUGAUAGUCCGCAUGGUGUUUGCCAUUAGCCUGCAAAAAAUGGACCCGCAAUAUGCUGGUCUCGCAGACAGUUACUAUUUGGCUGCCAUGGAGCACUUUGAAAAAGUCGUUCGUCCAAAAGACUUGAAGUCCCUCCAGAGUCUCGCAAUGAUCGGCCAAUACUCUCUCUUGACCCCGACCAGAACCGCUGUAUACUACAUGGUGGGCUUGGCCACACGCGUCUGUCAGGCUGAGGGUCUUACCGAUGAGAAGACCAUUUCUGCGGGCUACUCGAUGGACCCGCUGACGCUCGACAUGCGCCGCCGCUUAGCCUAUAUCAUCACGUCCAUGGAGGCCGGCCUGGCGCACAGCAUGGGACGGCCGAACGGAUUCUCAAAGGUCGACGACCGGAUGGACGUCGAGCCAUUUGCCACCGUCGACGACGAGUACAUUACAGCAGAUGGCAUCGGCCAGGGACCUACGAGCGAGAAGAAGCUAGUUGCUUUGCAUUUCUUCAAAAUGCGCAUGGAGCAAGCCGAGAUCAGGAGGGUGCUCUAUGAGAAGAAGCGUGACGAACCCAGGGACGAGACUCACCCAUGGUUCGCCAAGAUGGAAAGCGACAUCCAGCAUUGGAUCGAUUCCUCGCCUCAGAACCCGGCGUGGUGCAGACCUUGGUUCACCGGGCGAUACCACCAGAUGCGCAUCUUCCUCUACCGCCCGUCCCCGCAAGUGCCCAAGCCAUCCCCUCGUGCUGCGGCCAUCUGCUUCGAGGGCGCAUCCUACAUCAUCAAUCUUUCAAAGCAGCAGAUGGAAAAGGCGGCUGUGGACAUUACCUGGGUCUUCCUCCUCAACCUCUACAUGUCUCUCAACACGCUGCUGUGGACCGUUUCAUACCCCGAGAUCCGGCAAGCUCACCCUCGAGAGGAAGUGGAGGAGCUGGGAGACCAGACACUCGACAUUUUGGAACAGUGCACCGAACGCUGGCCGGGGACCGCGCAGGCUGUGCAACUGUACUCCAUCUUCGCCAAGGCCUGCUUGCAGAGCUACGAAGCGAGAGAUACCCCUGUGCUGCAACCGUCCAGCACUUUCACCACUCCGCCAUCGCUCUUUGACGGCAACUCGCCGCAGGGUUCCGAGAUCUCGGCAUCGACAGCACCUGGCGGCGGCGGACCGUCGUUCAAGGUCAACCCACCCCAUAACCCACCGCAGUUCGGCUUCGUGUUCGACGCGACGCCCGAAUCCAUGAACACAUAUCAGUGGGAUCCCAAUUUUCCCCCUCAUCCGACCUUCCGAUCAAACUCCAUUUGGGGCAACUCGUCUAAUGAGAACAUGGGACGCCGUUUCUCGGCGUACCCCCCCGAAUCGCCACUCGAGGAUUCCACGCCGCCGGCGACGACAACGCCUGGUUAUACAUCCUCGUCAUCGCCGCCCAGUACCAUUAACAACGCGAUGCCCACGCCCCCGGAGUCAAUGGGUCAGCAUGUCGGAACGCCAUCGAGCUCGACCGUCUCGCCCCCGGCGAUGGGCACCCCCGCCAUGUCGCACUCUUCUUCGCCCCUCGUCCUCCAGCACGGCACGCCCAACAUGGCCCAACACAGCACGAACAUGUCACCACCCCCGCUGCCGGGCCCCGGCCAGUCGGGCAGAGCGCCGAACUUUGCUCCUCCUCCACCGCCUCCAACGUCGAAUCCCGGCGCUCCUCAACGGCCGCUACCCGAUUACAACCCAGUGACAGACUGGUUCAACCCCCCGCCACCCUUUAUCAAUCCCGAAACCUUCAGCUCCAUGAGCAAUAGUUUCUUUGGCGAGUCAUUACAGGCCCAUGGACUGAACACGCAAAACGCCGGCCUGGGGCUGGAUCAUUUUGGCAACCAGCCGUUCAACUGGUCUCAAGAGCGGCAGGGCAGUCUCAGCCAGCAGCAGCAGGUUGAGCUCAUGAAUGUCCUCGAAAACGAAGGCAUGAGCGACAUCGACGCCCUCCUCAACAUGGGCAUGAACGGUUCCGCCAAUGUCGGAAGUGGCUGGGCUCAGGCAUGA